GUGAUUGGAAAAGUUUUAGCGGAAGGUACUGAACCAUGGGGUGUUCACGUUCAACGAGUUGAAAUUAAAGAUAUACGUUUACCACAUCAAUUAAUGCGAUCAAUGGCUGCUGAAGCUGGAGCAGCUCGUGAUGCUCGUUCACUUAUCAUUCUUGCUGAUGGCGAACGUCAAGCAUCUUGGCUAGUUUUCUAUCUUGGCUGA